AUGGUAGUUAUCAUAUAUAUUGGAAUAUUUAUUAUUCAGUCUUUGGCUUGUGAAUGUUUACAUAAAAUUUCAGAAUUUCAUUGUACACAAUGUUCUGAAGGAUGUUUUCUUCAAUUACAAGAUAAUACAGAAACUGGUAUUCCUUCAUUAGUAUGUAGUCAAAGUGCCAAUGCAUUAGAAAAUUGUGAAGCUAGUGAUAGUAGUGUUUGUAUUAGAUGUAAAGCAGGAUAUAGAUUAAAUGGUAAUUUAUGCGAUAAAUGUAUGGAAGGAUGUAAUUAUUGUAAUUCUACACAUUGUUAUCAAUGUGGUAAAAAAGAGGAUGGUACACAACUUUAUCUUUCUACUGAUGAAAAGUCAUGUGUUGAUUGUUCAUUAUCAGAAAAUGAUGAGGCAUGUGGAAGAUGUCCAGCUGGAAAAUAUUUUGAUAUACAAAAUAAAGUUUGUACUGAAUGUAUGGAGAAUUGUGCACUAUGUACUGACCAAUAUAAUUGUUAUCAAUGUAAUAAUUAUAAAUUAUUAAAAAAGAAUGAUGGAACAGAAAGGAAUCCAGAUCAAUGUAUUUCUAUUAAUAACUGUGCUGAUUUGAAAGAAGACCAUUGUGAACGAUGUAAUGAUGGAUAUAGAUUAGAAGCUGGUAAUUGUGUAGAAUGUGGUAGUAAUUGUAAAGUUUGUUAUAAAGAUAGCAAUGAUAACAAAAAUCAUUGUACACAAUGUGAGAAAGACUUUGUUCUUUAUAAAGGGACAUGUUCAAAAAAGGAUGCAAUAUUUUGUGAAGAAGGGUCUGAUACUUAUGGAUGUUUACAAUGUAUGCGUGGUUAUUUCUUUAACUCUAAUUUAGAAUGUGAAAAAUGUAGUCCAGAAUGUGGAAGUUGUGUUAGUGAAGCUACACAUUGUCUUUCAUGUGCUGAUGAUUAUUAUUUUGAUAAUACAGCUUGUGUUAAGAAAGAUGAUAAUUGUGCUUUAGCUGAUCAAGCAGGGUGUAAAGAAUGUAAAAAUGAUUUAAGUGCUGAAGGACAGAAAACACGAGGUUAUUAUGUUCCAACUGGAAAACAAAGAUGUGAAGAAUGUGCUGAACAUUGUAAAUUAUGUGAAGGAAAAGCAAAUCAUUGUACUGCAUGUACAACGAAUUAUACUCUUAAGAGGGUUAGUGGAGAUGAAUUAGAUGAAGAACACUCAGAAUGUGAGUAUAUGGAUGAUAAUUGUAUUUCAACAGAAAUGGGAUAUUGUACUGAAUGUAAGCCAGGGUAUUUCAUUUCAUCAGAAAGUAGUUCACAAAAAUGUAUUAGUUGUGAUAAGUCUUGUGCUACUUGUAAGAAUAGUAAUUCAUGUUUGUCAUGUAAUAACGACUAUUUCUUACCAAAAGAUUUUAAUAAUGAUAAAAAUGAAAGUUUGUGUAGACCAAAAAGUGAUAUUAAUAUGACAUGUCAAGCUGAUGCUAAUGGUUGUACAACUUGUAAUGAUGGAUAUUGGAUUAAUUUAGAUGAUGAAUCAGCAUAUAAUUGUAGUUUAUGUCCGUCUGAAUGUAGUACUUGUCAGUAUAGUUCAGUUAGUCAAAUGCCAAUUUGUACAUCAUGUCCUAGUGAUAAAGAAUAUGUUAAAAAUGGUAAAUGUGCUCCAUGUAAUGAAUUAAAGCAUUGUGCUACUUGUUCAGGAGAUAAGUGUGCUUCAUGUGAAGAUGGAUAUAAGUUAGAUGCAGGAGCAAUGUCUUGUUCAAAAACCAAUUGGGCAUUAAUUAUUCCAUUAGUAAUAGUAGCUGUUAUUAUUAUUGUUGUACUUCUUCUUGUCCUUAUAGGUAUUAUUUGGUGGAGAAGAUCAAGAAGUGUUAAAGCAGAAACUGCAGCAAUUAAACCAUUCCAUGUCUCUUCAGAUCUUGAGUUAAUUCUUCUUGAAGCAGAUAAUGAAAAAUUCCCAUUAAAAACAGAUAAAUGGGAAUUAACAUUUAAUUUGGCUAAAUCUAAAGCAGUUGUUGAUCAAGAAUAUGAAGAAACAGUUAAUUUAGCUAAUAUGUCAAAGAAAGAAUAUUACUUUGAAUUCCAUUACACUCCAUCUCAUAGAUAUGAUUUAGAAAUUAAUCCAAAAAGUGCAACAUUAAAACCAGGAACUGCUAUUCAAAUUACAUUUAAGAUUAAAAUGUUAUGUACUGCUUCUGUUAGUGAUAAUAUUGGUAUUUCUGCUAUGGAUGUUGAUGACCAAAAUAAAGAAACAGCCAAAUUUAGUAUUACUAUUGAAUCUGAUUUAUCAUUGAAAUUAGACCAUACUGAACUUAAACCAAUUAUGCCACCAAUUGGAGAAGGUGCUUUUGGUAUGGUAUUUAGAGGAACUUAUAGAGGAAGAGAAGUUGCUAUUAAAAAGAUGAAAGCAAGAAAUUUAACACAAGAGCAAGAAAAAGAAUUUAAUCAUGAAGUAUCUAUGAUGACUCAAUUAAGACAUAUUUGUGUUGUAGAAUUGAUUGGAGCAGUAUAUACCGAAGGAGAAAUUGCUAUUGUUACAGAAUUUGCAGAAUAUGGAUCAUUAAGUAAGAUUUGGGGAAAACAAUUCAUUAGUUACCAAUUAAAA